GCUGGGGAGAUGAUCGACAUCAGUCAGCAAGUUGUCUUCAGAUAGUGCAAGAAAUUUCUAAUCAAUCACCAUGAAAUUAGCAGCCCUAAUUCUGAUAUCACUCGCUGUUUUUGCGACAGCUGACUUGCAAGCUGGGCAGCGCGAGGAAGGAGAUGUUCUAGUUGCAUCUAAGCCGAUUAUCCGGAAACCAGCACCUGGUAGACCUGGAAUUGCUCUCCAAGGACUCGGUUCACCAGGCAGAAUCACUGCUGUAAGUGCUGUCAACAAUCCAGGGUCUAAUGCCACAGUGAGAAUCGUCGGAGGUGGACCCAAGACCAGGAAAGUCAUCCUAUUGGCCGUCAGCCCAAUUGGUACAGGCAUCAACGUCACAGUGAACGUCUAUGCUCUACUCCCCAACGCAAAUGGUACAGCUCCACCACCACCACCACCACCACCACCACCUUCCAACAGUACUCCAGUUUUCCUGGACAUUUAACUAUUGAUGCAUAGGGCGAACAUUUGGCGAGUGCAGUGGCCACAAGUGGCAAAUUCAAAUUCUGUACUAAAUGUCACUGUAAUUUAAUCGAGUUUUCUGAUUGUUGUCAGCAUUUUGAUUAUGUUAAAUAUAAUUUGGAAAUAGCAAAACUUUUAAAAGCAAAUGUAAAUUAGCUUGACUUCUGAACAUUGCCUUGUGGUAUUUUUAGAAAUAUGGAUUUCCGAAUGAAAAUAUUCUUAAAAUAA